ACACCGAUGAUUGUUCUUGAUAAUGCGAAAUUUAAUGUAGCCAGAAACUUGAGCGUAUCAUCACCACUUUCCGCGAGAUACUCUUCCCAGAUAACACGAAUGCCCGGAAUUUCACAUCGUUAUAUGGCUUCUUCCGCCGGGUUACCUGCGGAUCAUGAAGUAUGGAAAUUGGGUCGUUUAAAUCACGUAGCCGUAGCUGUACCAGAUCUUAAAAAGGCCACUGACUUUUAUAAGAACAUGUUAGGGGCACACGACGUUAGUGAUGCCGUGGUUGACGAUAUUAAAGAGGCUGUGAAAGAUUUGACCCUGAAGGAGAUUAGGAUUUUGGAUCCCGAGCCAAAAAUUGGUGCGCACGGUAAUCCCGUUGUAUUUUUACAUCCAAGAGAUUGCGGUGGCGUUUUGGUUGAAUUGGAGGAGGUUAAAUGA